AUGGUGAAGCAUAGCCAACGCCUUCUUCCCUUCUUUGGCUGGCUAUGGUAUCUAACAGAUACUAUCUUCCUACAUCGAGACUGGAAGCGCGAUCGCACGAUAUUGGAACAGGGCGCGAAGAGGAUAGCUAGCUAUCCAGACACAGUACCCGUUCCGUUCGUUAUCUUCCCUGAAGGCACUCGACUCAGCCCGAGCAAAUUGGCAGCCAGCAAUGAGUUGUUGCUCACUCGUGGCCAACCAGUUUUCAAACAUCUUCUCUUUCCUCGCCACCGUGGUUUCUUUAUGUUUUUACGGGGCUUGAAGCUUGCGCUGCUUAAGUCCUCUUCGACCAUUCAGUAUCAGACUACGGACGAACAGUCGGAAUUCCUCCGUACCCUUGGCGAUAAGGAAGCAACUUCAACCUUAAUUGCUCAUCCUCAGAACCUAAUGGGGGACAGCAUGUCAGGCCAAUCUGUCAUCGACUCGACUAGUGAGAGACGUUCGGAAACAGCAAAGAAU